GCUCUCUGGCUGCAGGAUGUUGUCCAUGUUUUGCUCCAGCUCAUCCCAUCCUCCCAUGGGACAGGGAAGGGAAACAGCUGCAGAGGAGCCUGUUCAGGGGCCGGUGACCUUCGAGGAGGCGGCUGUGUAUUCCUGCAGAGAAGAGGGGGCUCUGCUGGACCCCACUCAGAGCGCCCUCUACAGGGAUGUCAUGCAGGACGACUAUGAGACAAUGACCUCGCUGGAGUUUCCAGUUUCCAAACCUAAUGUCAUUUUGCAGCUGGAACGAGGGGAAGAGUCGUGGGUCCCAGAUCUCCAAGUUUCUGAGAAAGAAGUGCUCCCGAGAGCUGCCUACACAGGCACAGGGAGUGAUCCGUGUCUGGAUUCUCUCUGUCUCCCAUCAGGUGUUGGGAUGGUGAGUCAUAACGAGGAGGAGAAACCCCAGCAGGAAGAUGCUGAGCAAGUAGAAGCACAUGGGACGUUAUUAGGAAGAUCCAAAGGGAAUGUUUCCGGGAUUUGUGCACGCCCAGAAAAAGCAAAAGCCUGUGAGACUGAGCAGAGGCCAGAGGGAAACUUCAGUAGCUUCUCAGACCUUAUUUCAAGUGAGAGAAUCAACUCGGAAGACACACGUUACACAUGCCAUGAGUGUGGGAAACGCUUCAAUUGGAGCUCACACCUUAUGAGACAUCAUAGAAUCCACACUGGGGCCGGUGACCUUUGAGGAGGUGGCUGUGUAUUUCACCA